GUAUAAAAGUGUUGCAGAGAUGUAAACGCGCAGGGACUUGCUUCUCAGCUGGGAAACACUGAAGAUGACUGACGGUUGUUUGUGGAAUACAGACAGUUCAAAACACUUGUAAACGGGCCCAACAGUCUUGCAACCAUGACUUGCAUACACCCUCAGCAUGGAUCUCAGCUCUACGAGAACAGCCUUGGCAGCUCGGAGCUUCAGAGCACAGACUCUCUCUCCAGGCUAACUGUGGAUAUGAGCAGCCCAGGGGACCAGCUCUCUGCUCCAUCGCUGCCAAGCAUCAGCUCCCUGGUGGACACUCGCGUGGGUGACUUUGACGCUUAUUCAUGUCAGUUCACUGCAGCCCCUGCCCACAUCACUCCGUCGCCGGGCCAGGAGACCCCCUUCAAGCUGGAUGACCUACAGGUUUACGGCUGCUACCCUGGAGCGUUCACGCUGAGUUACCCUGACGAGGCAGUGUCCCCUGGUGGGUCCGACUAUUUUGGCAGCUCCGCAUCCACCUCGUCUCCUUCAACCCCCCGGUUCCAGAGUCAGCAUGCGUCCAAUUCCAACUGGGAUUCAGCCUUUGGGCCAUACUCACCCAGUCCAGGGUACUGGGCAGCAGAGGACAACUCAGUGCCACAAGAGCCCUCUUUCUUCACCUUUGGUUCUGUGGAGGAUAUGUCCCAUUUGGGUCAACCACACUUACGAGAGCAGAAUCCUUUCACUUCGAUCCACCCUAACCCCUCUGCACUGAGCUUCCCCACCUUGGUUAUGGAGCAAGCGUGUAGCCUGGAUGGCACUGAACAGCUGGAUGGGAGCUUAUCACCCAAGUUAAAAAGUCCCGGUGGAAAUGAGGGCUGCUGUGCCGUGUGUGGGGACAACGCCUCCUGUCAGCACUAUGGGGUUCGCACCUGUGAGGGAUGCAAAGGGUUUUUCAAGCGUACAGUACAAAAGAAUUCCAAGUAUGUUUGCCUUGCCAACAAAGACUGUCCUGUGGACAAGAGGAGGCGGAAUCGAUGCCAGUUCUGCCGUUACCAGAAGUGUCUUGUUGUAGGCAUGGUGAGGGAAGUUGUGAGAACAGACAGCCUGAAAGGACGAAGAGGCCGCCUGCCUUCAAAGCCUAAAGUGGCCCAAAACGUGACAGCCACCGUGUCUCCAGUGAGUAUGAUCGCUUCACUUGUGAGAGCCCACAUCGACUCAAACCCCAGCAUUGGGAAACUGGAUUACUCCAAGUAUGACGAGACAAAAGUCAGUCCAAACCAGAAAGAGGACGCUAGCGAUAUCAAACAGUUUUACGAGUUGCUCACAUCCUCCAUGGAGGUCAUCAGGAAGUGGGCGAAGAGCAUCCCAGGUUUCUCUGAGUUCUGCUCAGAAGACCAGGAACUGCUGCUGGAAUCUGCCUUUGUCGAACUCUUCAUCUUGCGUCUUGCAUAUCGUUCCAAUCCUGAUGUGGACAAGCUGAUCUUCUGCAACGGGGCCGUGCUUCACAAAGCGCAGUGCGUCCGAGGCUUUGGGGACUGGAUCGACUCCAUCUUGGAGUUUUCUCAAAGCCUCCAUCGCAUGAGGCUAGAUGUUUCCUCCUUCUCCUGUCUCACAGCCCUGGUAAUAAUCGCUGACCGACAUGGUCUUAAGGAGCCAAGACGUGUGGAGGACUUGCAGAACCAGCUCAUCACCUGCCUCAAAGAUCACAUCUCUGGCUGCGGCUCCGACUCGCUGCGGCCCAAUUAUUUGUCCAAACUUCUUGGGAAGCUGCCUGACCUCAGGACUCUGUGCACUCAAGGCCUCCAGCGUAUCUUUUACCUUAAAUUAGAAGAUCUUGUUCCUCCACCACCGAUUGUGGACAAAAUCUUCAUGGAUACGCUUCCGUUUUGAGUGUGAGAUGGAAGAUCUGUGAUAUAUAAAAUCUGGAGUGUAUAUGAGAGCCAAAAAAACAAACAGACUGACUCAUACUUCAGGUAGAAGAUUUUGCAGCUCCAGAGGAAAAGGGCUACUUCUGAAUUAUAAAGUGAAUGAUUUAUAACACUUGCAGAAGCAACAUGUAUGAGCUGCACAAAAUGCUCUUCCUGGUUGUUUUUUCCAGGAAAUUGUGUACUCUGCAGACGGGCCAGCUCAUGGACCAAAAGGUGACUGUUUACAUACAACUAGGUGCCAUGAAUGGAAACAUUUUUGAUGGAGGGAAGAUUAUUGCACUUUCCAAACAGUUACAAAUUAAAUACAAACAAUAUCAGCCCCCAUCAUUUGAAGAAUAUAAUAAGCACAAUCAUUUAGCUUUUUUUUUUGCUUUGGACUGUAAAUUGCACAUAAAGUAUCCUACAAAGCAUUAUUAUG